AUGACAGCAGUCGGUACCAAGGCUAAAAGCGUGGACUGGUUCCAACCUGAGCUAGAGGAUGUCAAUCCCCAAGCCCGAUCAGUCCUUGAGACGUACUGCAACAUACCAUCGGAUGAGGUUGUGCCGCAUCGAGACAAAGCUUGGGAUGUCUUUCCAUACCCAUGCAUCGGCCAGUUCCGCUUUCUGGACAUGCCUCUAGGUGGCUUCGAAGAAUAUUCCGAGAUCGUCAAGAGACUCAAAUCUGGCAACGACAAAUACCUCGACCUAGGCUGCUGCUUCGGUCAGGAUAUCCGCAGACUGGUUACCGAUGGAGUUCCCAGCGAAGUUCUGAUUGGCAGCGACCUCCAACAAGGAUUCUUGGACCUUGGAUUCGACCUCUUCAAGGACAAGGAAAGGCUUCAUAGCAAGUUCAUCGCCGCAGACGUGUUCGAGUCCGAGUCGAAUCUCACACCGCUGGAAGGAAACAUUGACAUCAUUCACGCAUCGUCUUUCUUUCACUUAUUUGGCUACGAAGGACANAAAAAGAUUGCAAGACGAGUGGUCCAACUGCUCAAACCAAAGAAGGACUCGCUGCUGGUCGGACGCCAGGUGGGCAACGUCAAGGCCCACGCGCAAGAGUCAUCUGCUAGCGGAAGCGGCAACAUGUUUCUGCAAAACGUAGAGUCGUGGCAGCAAAUGUGGAAAGAGAUUGGUGAUGAAACCGGUACCAAAUGGGAGGUCAAGGCAAGACUAGAAGACUGGCCCUUGGUGGGCAGCAGUGUCUCGUGGCAUAAAGAGGGAACCAAGAGGAUAUUCUUCUCGGUCAGAAGGCUAUAA